UAUUUGCUAACCUUGGGGAGAGGUUGGCUCCUUCUUAUGGUUAGCAGCUCAAAAAGUAAUUGUAAAGCCACUCGUAUUGGCAAGGAGAAAUUGACAGGCACUAAAUGUGUCUACAGCUAGCUUUCUAGCUCAGGAGCUCGCUAAAAGAGAGCUUCUGAAGCUAGUACUCGCUAACCCUAGCUAACUAAGGAGACCGAAUCCAUAACAUUUAGCUAACGUUGGAGAGCUACAUUCAUCAAAGUGAGCAGUUGACACGGGUAACUGUUAUCUCUGUAUCUUCAUGACAUGUUACAAAGUGACAGCACAAACAAGUCUGUAGAGACGCUGAAGUGAAAUUACAGGCUACAGAUGAAGAUGAACACAUCCUUCAUAUGGUUUCCCAUGAAUCUCACCUGGAGGGUGUUGUGAAAAAGGAGAGAGGGGAAGGAGCACAACGCGACUUUAAACACGAGUCAUGAAUCUCCAUCAGGUCCUCACAGGGGCUGUCAACCCUGGAGACAAUUGUUUCUCUGUAGGCAGCAUCAACAAUGUGCCAUUCACGGCCUAUGCGUCAGGGUGUGAUGUGGUGAUUUUGGGAAGUGACUUUGAGCGAUUACAGAUCAUCCCAGGGGCCAAACAUGGCAACAUCCAAGUCGGCUGUGUUGACUGCUCACUGCAGGGUGGACUGAUUGCAGCUUCCUAUGGAAGCAUUGUGUGUGUCUUUGAGCCUGUUCAGCACCCAGAUCAGAAAGACACAUCUCUGACUAAGGUGAACUGCCAAUGGCAGAAGACUGGUCAAGUUGUAUUAAAGUCUAUGGUACGGAACCUGGCCUGGCACCCCACAGGCAGCACCCUCUUAACUGGCUCUAGUAGCCUCCAGUUGUGGUCUAAUGUCGAUGGACUAAAAGAUGAAGCUGAAGAAGAGGGAAAGCAGACAGAAAUGACCAUAAGAGACACUCAUUCUGCCUGGAGGUGCAUCUGGCAGAGCAGGACGGCCUCUCCAGUCAGUUUAAUGAAGUUCUCACCUGACGGGGAAUUUUUUGCUACUGCUGGACAGGAUGACUGCCUAGUAAAGGUCUGGUACAGCACCAGUAAGUGGCAGUCAGGUGUUUCCAGACUCUUCACACCUCCAGAACCCAGUGUCAGUGUCCAGGGAGAGCUGGCCUUUUCCUUUGUCUACCUGGCCCAUCCCCGCUCUGUUACCGGCUUCUCUUGGAGGAAGACCAGCAAAUACAUGCCACGAGGUGCAGUGUGCGACGUUCUGCUCACCUGCUGUAAGGACAGCGUGUGUCGGCUCUGGGCAGAGACGCUGUUGCCAGGUGACAGCCUCCUGUCCGGGCACCAUAACAACCACGCCGUUGGCCCACACAGUGACACACUGAGAUGUGCUGGCCCUUCUAGGAAAAACACCUGCAAUGGGAAGACACAAGGAAGAACAGCACAGGAACUGAAUUUUCAAGAAUCGUUGCACACCUCCCUGUAUCGGGACGUGCCCCAGCCUUCUCUGACUGGCUGCCUGCCUCACAAUCAGAGCCGACACUACAACCACAAGAAGAGCGGCAGCAGUACCAUGCCCCAUGCUAACGCUCUCUGCCACUUCCACAUUGCUGCCAGCAUCAACCCUGCCACAGACAUUCCUCUGCUGCCCUCCAUCUCCUCUCUGAGUGCCGUGGAUGAUGAGGAACCCGGAGGUCCGUUUACUGUCCACUGGCUCAACAACAAAGAGCUUCAUUUCACUUUAGCCAUGGAAGUCUUCCUCCAGCAGCUCCGAGGUAGUCUGGAGCAACACAACGAAUGCUCCCAAGAAGAGCUUGAAGAUGAGGAUAACUUUGAUGAGGAAGAUAGUAGUAGCAGGCCAAGUGACCCCCAAGGACCUGAGGCUAUGGAGCCUCCUCUGGCAGCAGUGAAGCACCAGGUGGACGUGUUGUUAGAAGAGUGGAAUAAAGGCGCAGACAUGUUGUUCAGCAUCCAUCCUAUGGACGGCUCUCUGUUAGUCUGGCAUGUGGACUGGUUAGAUGAAUACCAGCCAGGCAUGUUCAGACAAGCUCAGGUGUCGUUUGUAUCCCGUAUCCCUGUAGCGUUUCCUACAGGUGAUGCAAUCUCCCUUAGCCACAGUGUGGUUAUGUAUGCCUGCAACAAGAAUGUGGAUUUGGCUAUCCAACAUGGCAGACAGCGACCGCCAGGGAGCACACUGCCUCAAACCAAAUCUGCUCUAAUAAGCUAUGGAGGUCAAGGAAAAGCUGCACCCAGCAGCAGUCUUCGGCUAAGUAUUUUCACCCCAAACGUCCUUAUGAUCUCCAAACAUGCCGAUGGCUCCCUAAACCAGUGGGCAGUCAGCUUUGCAGAGGACUCUGCUUUCUCCACUGUGCUCAGCGUCUCUCACAAGUCACGGUACUGUGGCCACCGCUUCCACCUCAAUGACCUGGCCUGUCACUCAUUACUCCCUCUCCUCCUCACCACCUCACACCACAACGCCUUGAAGACACCAGAGGUAGACAACAUCCUGGCUCCUCCAGACCCCUGCUCCUCUGGUUUCUCUCAUUCAGCAUCUCGGCCACGUGGGUCUCGGCCCAGCCGAGUGUCCCUGGGUGUGGUUUCCCAGGAUCCCAACGCCAUCUACAGUGAGCUGAUUUUAUGGAGAGUGGACCCUGUCGGGCCACUGUCUCUGUCGGGCGGGGUCUCUGAGCUUGCUCGGAUUAAUUCUCUCCAUGCAUCAGCAUUUGCUAAUGUAGCCUGGCUGCCCACACUCAUUCCCAGCAGCUGUUUAGGUGUGUACUGUAACUCCCCCAGUGCUUGUUUUGUAGCAAGUGACGGCCACUCACUCAGAUUGUAUCAGGCUGUUAUUGAAGCUAAGAAACUCCUGAGUGAGCUCUCCAAUCCUGAGAUAUCAAAAUAUGUUGGGGAGGUGUUCAACAUCAUCAGUCAGCAAUCCACAGCAAAACCAGGAUGUAUUAUAGAGCUGGAUACCAUUACUGGCUUUCAAGGGAAGGAGACCCAGCUCCUACAUGUUUUUGAGGAGAACCUGAUCCUUGGCAAUGAGAGAACAGAGAACACACAGGAAACUCCUGAUUCUCCUCAAACUGCCUCAAGCGAGCCGGCCUUCUCGGCACGUUUUUUCCUUGUGGUGGUCGAAUUGACCCCGACAGGUCGCUCGCUCCUCCACAUGUGGCAUCUCCAUCUUGCUGCUCGACCCGUCACCAUGGAAGAGACCAUGGCAGAGAAGGAUGCCAACACAGCUUCUCCUAUGAACAGCUCUCAGUUUAACUUUGACGCAUUCAAUUCUCCAGCAACUCCGAAGAGUAAGCCCUGCACUUCCAAUCUGCAGAGUGCCUGUCGCCUCAGCCUCACAACACACAGGAUAUACAGCCAAGAGAUUGCUCUGCCAGAUGGGGUGGAAGCGAUCAGUGUUACACCGUCAGCAGGUCACCUGAGCGCCUCAUGUUCUCUGCCAGCUGGGCGUGUGCCGUACCUCCUUGCUACUUCCUGUUCUGAUGGAAAGGUACGGUUCUGGAGGUGUAAUGUCAGUGCGACAAAGCCUUCCAGUGUGGACAACUUGGUGUAUCAAUGGGAGGAGUGGCCUCUCCUGGUGGAGGAGAUGCUUCCCAGCAGCAGCGUAAUAAGCGUGCAAGGUCGCCCCAUAGAGGUCAGUUGCUGUCACACCGGACGGAUUGCAGUUGCUUACAGGCAGAUGCCAAACAUGCCUCUGAACUCAACACCUCAUUUGAACUCUCACGGACGGUUGACUUCUCCCACCCUGGCUUCCUCCCCUUACGUGCACUACAACAACAAUACCCACCUGACCCCAACUCUGACUGUACAGCGUAGCCCAAAUCUCCCUCCAAGCCCCAACCCUGCAAACUCUAGAGAACCAUUGGUCCACAUUGACAUCUUCCAGUGUGAAUCCACUGGCGGUUCACAGUGGAUUCUAGAGCAGACCAUAGUUCUGGACAGCACAGAUCCCACCGCUUACUAUGGUAUUAGCAAUAGCACAACUGGAAGUACCAAUAUUUUAAGUAACAUGGACCUCUCUAUUCCCAAUGACAACUGUCACGGUUCUACUGGUAAGAGCGUGGUUCAUUUGGACUGGGUCUCCCAAGAGAAUGGGUCACAUGUUCUGACUGUUGGUAUUGGGACAAAGAUUUAUAUGUACGGCCGUCUGUCUGGGAAGCCUCCAGAACUCUGUCUGUCAUCUGAUGCCAGCAGAGACCAGAGCUCGUCUCGACUGGUUCUGCUUCGAUCAGUCGAUCUGGUCUCCUCUGUUGAAGGCUCAUUACCCAUUCCAGUCUCCCUCUCUUGGGUACGAGAUGGCAUCUUGGUUGUAGGCAUGGACUGUGAGAUGCAUGUUUACUCCCAGUGGCAGCCCCCAGCACCACCCAAACCUAAUGCCACAAUUGCCCAAGACACAGACAUCAGCAGCAGCGUCUCUUCCAUAAUCUCAGCCGUCAGACAGAGCCAGGAGGACGGUCUCAGCCCUGGGGCCCCCACGUCUUCACUGGCCCCUCCCAAAAGGGCCCUGACAAGAUCAAUGAUGAGCCUGGCUCAGAAACUCAGUGGGAAGAGAACAGCUUACGACCUGCCUGUAGAGAUGGAAGAUUCUGGGCUUUUUGAGGCAGCUCACCAACUCUUUCCCACUCUGCCCCAGUACCAUCCUGUACAGUUAUUGGAGCUCAUGGAUCUGGGGAAGGUUCACCGUGCCAAAGCCAUCCUCUCCCAUCUGGUGAAAUGCAUAGCUGGAGAAAUUGUGGCACUUAAAGACAGUACAACCAAUCCUGAGAAACGUGUGCGCUCUCGAACCAUCAGCGCUGGAGGCAGCACAGCCAGGGACCGGAAAAUAUUCAGCAAAGGCGAGAACUCCACCCCCGACUACACAGAGAUAAGCUCCAUCCCUCCGCUGCCUCUGUACGCACUGCUGGCAGCUGAUGAGGACACGUCACCAAAACCUGAAAACUUGGGCAGUGUGAGCGGAGAUAGUGGGCAUGGUUCCAGUCAUACUGACGCCUAUGAUGAGCUCUUUCAAACACCCAGCAUAGCGGACCUGGACCCUCUGGACAACGAUCAAGAGGAAAUGGGGAACAAGGUCAUUGACCUGUCCCAGUACAGUCCGACAUACUUUGGUCCAGAACAUGCCCAGGUUCUAUCCAGCCAUCUCCUUCAUUCCAGUUUGCCAGGCUUAACCCGUAUGGAGCAGAUGUCUCUCAUGGCGCUGGCUGACACCAUCGCUACUACAAGCACAGACCUCAAGGACAGCCAGGGCAAGAGCAAAGGUGGAGAGACACUGGAUGAGUGUGGUCUGAAGUUCUUGCUGGCUGUCAGACUCCAUACCUUCCUCUCUACCUCCCUGCCUCCAGCACACCGAGCACAGCUGCUACGGCAAGGCCUGUCAACAUGUCAUUAUGCCUGGGCCUUUCACUCUGAAGCUGAGGAAGAGCUGCUGAACAUGCUGCCCGCCCUGCAGAAGGGAGAGCCCACCUGGCCUGAGCUGCGCUCCAUGGGUGUGGGCUGGUGGCUGCGCAGCACCAACAAGUUACGCAGGUGUAUUGAGAAGGUUGCCAGGUCUUCUUUACAGAGAAACAAUGAUCCUCUGGAUGCCGCUAUAUUUUACCUCGCAAUGAAGAAGAAGGCAGUGGUCUGGGGAUUGUACAGGUCUCAGAAGAAUGCCAAAAUGACAGACUUUUUCCGCAACAACUUCAGUGAGGACCGCUGGAGGAAAGCAGCAUUGAAAAAUGCCUUUUCUCUGUUGGGAAAGCAGCGGUUCCAGCAUUCUGCAGCCUUCUUUCUCCUGGCUGGCUCCCUUAAGGAUGCUGUGGAGGUGUGUGUCGAGAAAAUGCAGGACCUACAGCUGGCCCUGGUGAUCUCCAGAUUGUAUGAGUCUGAAUUUGAGACGGCGUCCACCUAUAAAAGGAUCCUCCAGAGACAUGUUCUGGGACAAGACAAACAGAUUCAAGCCCACCAGGACCCGUUCCUGCGGAGCAUGGCUCACUGGGUCCUGGAGGACUACAGCAGGGCCUUGGACACUCUACUCGAGCAGCCUGCUAACAGUGCCAGCUCUGGGCCCACUGUGAACAAAUCUGACUCUGGUUCCUCUCCUGUGUCUACAUGUAACCCUGAGGUUUUCAACUUUUACACCUACCUUCGUACCCACCCACUUCUCCUUCGCCGCCAUUUUGGCUCUUCGGACAAGGCUAAAGUUGGCCUGACUGCUGAGGGUCGCAGGGCUGACUCCAUUAGCCUGGAGGAGAGAAGACUGUUUUUCACAGCUGCAUAUGCACACCUACAAGCCGGCUGCCCCAUGCUAGCACUUGAAGUCCUCUCCAAGAUGCCCAAAGUCCGCAAGCAUUCCAAACUCACCCACCAGGAGGAUACAGGCAUCACUACUCUACACAGUGUUGGAAGCACGAAUGGACAAACACCAGACCCCGACUGGUCUCAGCCUGCUCUGAACGGCUAUGAGUCAGACGGAAACAGCUUAUCCAACAGCCAGUCAGAUUCAGUGUUAAGUUUUGACUGGAGCCAGCCGUCACUGACGCUCCCAGAUGAGUCCCUGGAGCUGAAGUGGGACAGUGACAAAGAUGAUGAUGAUGAAGCUGAUGAGGAUGAAGAAGAAACUAAAAAUGGUAAGAGCGGCAGGACUGCAGACAGCAGCAGCGUGUUCCAGGACACGCAGGAUGCCAUGUCGCCACUAAUGGGGACGCUGACGGGAGAGCACAGUGAAGAAAGCGAUGACUUCCUCACACCGUCUAAUGACAUCUUGGUGGCUCAGCUGAAGUUUACGGCCUGCUUGAAGAUUAUGACCAAUGAGCUCCGGACGCUGUCCACAGGAUAUGAACUGGAUGGAGGGAAGCUUCGUUACCAGCUCUACCAGUGGUUAGAGAGAGAGGUUGUGGCUCUCCAGUGUUGCUGCAGCUACAAGCCCUGCUUGCCAGAGCUGUCUGUCCAGGGUGAUGCCCCUGUUUCUGGGUUGGUGGAGGAGGAACAGCCUGGGAGUCCUCGUGGUGACAACCAGAGGAACAGGAGACACUGGUUGCAGAGUAACCAGCCCUUAUUGAGGAUGUUUCUGAGCUACUGCAGCUUGCAUGGCUCCCACGGUGGAGGACUGGCAUCUGUACGCAUGGAGCUCAUAUUAUUGCUUCAAGAGUCUCACCAGGAUGACUCCAUCCAAUCAGCGGUGACGCCAUGUUGUCAGCAAACCUCUAUCCCUCUUCUGAUGGCGUGCACGGCCAACGUAAAGACAGUGGUGGCUAAUCCCAUUGUCUACCUAACCAACCUGACUCAUGACAUCUUGCAAACCAUCAAUGCACUCGACUCUCCUCCACAUCCCGAUGUUGUUAACAAUGAGAUCUAUGUGAUGCACACUUUGGCUGCCUCCUUGUCAGCUUGUAUUUAUCAGUGUCUGUGUGAUGGACAUACCCACAGCCAUGUGAACCAUUUCACGGGAAUCGUGUAUCAGAGUGUGUUGCUGUCUCAGAAGCAGCCAGUCAGAACUGUCAGCAUGGAUGAGUCUGUUCAGCCCAACACAUCCCCUGCUCAGUGGCCAGGUAUCGCCUCUCUGAUUCGCCUGCUGAGCUCAGCAGGUGAGGAGAGCCAGCCGGGCUUGGCUGUGCUGCUCUGUGAGAUCCUGACUGCUGUCUUCCUCAGUCUGUUCGUUCACGGUAUGGCUACUCACUCCAGCAAUGAGCUGUUCCGCAUCGUGGCACAUCCCCUCAACAGUAAGCUCUGGGUGACAGUGUUCGGAGGAGGCGCCCGUAUCCCUGUCAUAGAGAAGCCCAACAGCCCAACAAGAACACCCCCACCAGCCUCACCGAGCGGCUCAGACAGAAAGUCGAGGCGCUUCAGGCUUCUGUCAUCGCGCAGUGGAUCCAGAGAGGAGUCUGGAAUAGAGCGGGAGGGUCCAUCUAGUCCCAAGCAUGGCCCUGUGGUGGAACAAGAAGCUACCUCCAUAUUUAAGGAACGAUUUAUCCCUCCAGAGCUCAGCAUUUGGGAUUACUUUAUCGCAAAGCCUUCGCUGCCACCAUCAGAAAGUAGAAUCGAAUAUGACUCGGAGGAGAGCCAGGGUAGUCAAGAUGAAGAAGAGGAGGAUGAUGAAUAUGAAGAUGUGUUUGACCCCAACUCUCCACAAAGAGAGCAUUCGAACCACAAUUCAUACAGUUGGUGUUUAAUGCGUCUGGCAAUGGUUCAGCUGGUGUUGGUCAACCUCAAAUCCUUUUACCCAAUGGCUGGAUAUGAUCUAUUAGAUCUGCCUGUGGGCUCUCCUCUGUGUCAUGCCGUGCUGAAGACGCUGCAGCGCUGGGAGCAGGUGUUGCAGAAAAGACUCGAGAUCUUCGGGGGCCCCCCUUCCAAGUACAUCUCCACCCACCUCCAGGAUGAAACAGCCACACCUGGUCCCGCCCUGCUCAGACACAAGGCCCUGUAUGAACCAUCCAACACCCCAUUCAGGACUAGCCACCCUUCAGCGCUGCCAGUGAAGCGUCUGUGGCAGUUUCUGGUUAAACAGGAAGAAGUGCAGGAGACUUUCAUCAGACACAUCUUUACCAAGAAACGGGACCCGAAUGAGUCGGGUGAGGACCAGACUGACAGUAUGAAAUGUUCAGGGAUGGAGGAGACAGGAAACCAUCAGAGUGAGUCAGAUCUGGGCUCCCCUGGAGGAAAGGCACGCAUCAUCCACAAGGAAUCUGACAUCAUCACAGCCUUUGCCAUCAACAAGGCAAAUCGUAAUUGUUUAGUCAUGGCCUCCACCCAUGACAUUCAGGAGUUGGACGUGUCAUCCAUCUUGGCCACACAGAUCUUGACGUGGAUCGAUGACGAUGAGGCUGAAACCAAAGGUGUUGGUGGCGAUGACUUCCUGGUGGUCCACGCACGCGAUGACUUUGCCACCCUCCACGGCACCACACCGUACACUCACAGUAGCCCCGGCACACCCAUCAACAUGCCAUGGCUGGGAGGAGUGCAGACGGGCCGGGGUGCAUCUGUGGUGAGCUCUAGACCUGAAUUUAUGAUCAAGAGAAAUAUCAACAAUGUGAGAAGAAUGACCUCCCAUCCCACACUGCCUUACUACCUGACUGGAGCGCAGGAUGGUAGCGUGAGGAUGUUUGAGUGGGGUCACUCCCAGCAGAUCAUCUGCUUCAGAAGUCCAGGCAACUCCAGAGUCACAAGGAUACGAUUCAACCACCAGGGAAACAAGUUUGGUAUCGUAGAUGCUGAUGGUGGUUUGAGUCUCUGGCAGACCAACACAAGUGGGAACGCACCCAAACCAUAUCUGACGUUGCAGUGCCACAACAAGACAGCUCACGACUUUGUCUUCGUGGGCUCCUCCUCCCUCAUUGCCACUGCGGGUCUUUCUACAGACAACAGGAACGUGUGUCUGUGGGACACUCUGGUGACUCCUGCAAACAGCCUUGUGCAUGCGUUCUGCUGCCACGAGUCCGGUGCUACCGUGCUCUCGAUGGCCCCCCGACAACAGCUGCUGAUCACAGGCGGGAGGAAGGGCUGGAUCAGCGUCCUGGAGCUUCCCCACAGGCACCAGCGCCAGAGCUUCCAGGCCCACGACUCGCCGGUCAAAGCCCUGGCUGUCGAUCCAACUGAGGACUGCUUCAUCAGUGGAUCAUCUGAGGGCAAUAUCAGGGUUUGGAGCCUGGCCACACAGUGUCCGCUCUACACCUUUCCCAGCGAACACGCCCGCCAGUCGCUCUUCAGGAACCUGGGCACGGGGGUCAUGCAGAUCGAGGUGGGACCGGCCAAUCACAUCUUUUCCUGCGGCGCCGACGGAACCAUGAAGAUGAGGAUCCUCCCCAACCGCUUCAGUGUUGUCAGUAACAACAACAACCACGGCAACCUCAAGACCGAUGUCAAGUUCAUCAUAUAGACAAAUGUAGAAAAAUAAGGUGUGAAAAGCAAUUAAACUGAAUAAUGUGAAGUGCUUUGUAAAUGACCAAGCAGAGUUGCCAGCUGUGGACAUCCCUGAUUGAAACAGUGGCCGUCAUGGGCUCAUUUUUGGGGAAUGAUGCCGUGGCAGAACAAUGACGUCAUCAGUGUAAAUGGAGGUGGGUUAUUCACUGGAUUUACUGACUUUCACGGAGUGUGAGCGUGUUGUCAUCUGAUCCAGGGGCCAAAGAAUGAUCACAUCUGCCGAGCUUCAUGCGGCACAUUUACAGCCGACCAAACACAGGAGCCUCUACGAGUGUUUUAAACUGUAGUGGAAGUUGAAGUGGGCACAGUCAGUCGGAACAAACUGAAAAGGAGACAGAAACCCCAGCCGGAGAUUCUCCAAAACAAACUCGGUUUCUACUGAACAGCACGUGGAGACCUUUUUUUUUUUUUUUCUUUUGCACAAGCUGUAGAAGGAGCAGGAGUGACAAGAGACUGUAAAGAGUUUAAAGCUGCAGCAUUGUUCUUCUCAUACAGCAUCACCUUAUCGAUUAGCACAUAUUAGUAAAGAGGUCAUGAUAGUGGAGGCUCCUAUGGAAUCACUGCUGGAGUGUUUGGCUGAUAAAAUCCAGGAGUGUGUGUACGCACUGUGCGGUACAGGGGCGGUAAGUGAUCCCUUCAGGGGUUUGAACGUCACCACGAGACUGGACAACACUGCUGAACCCGCUCAGCACAAUGCAGUAAGACCAGUGGACAUCGUACAAAGCACAUCAUACCCAGUGACGAGGAUUCACGGCGCAUUCUGGUGCUCCAUGCACAUUUCUGAACACAGCAGAAAUGCAGAGGACCAGGUGCUCUUAAAGGAUUACAGGAUGUCAAUUUCAUAUCACUUAUUGCUUCAUAUUUUAAUUUACGGAUGAUGGAAUUUCCCAGCCUGACUUGAAAUGAACACUUUGAUUUUAUAAAGGUGGAAAGAAUAAACUCAUUUUCAAUUUAAAGCAAUAGUUUGACAUCAUGCUUUCUGGCAGAGAAGACCGAUAUCACACCAAUGAAUCCCUUAAAAGUAAAGCAACAUCCAGCAGCUGGUUAGCUCGGACUGUUGUACAAAUUAAACAAACAGCAUAAAACAUGUUAAUUAGUGGUGGUGGAUUUUGUUGCCCUUGGACAUAGUCGGGCUAGCUAGCUAAGCUAACCUGCCGCUGGCUAAUGCUUCAUAUUUGACGGGUAGAUGUGAGAGCGGUGUCAGUCUUCUCAUCUAGUAUUAACUGUCCGCCAGAAAGCAAAUGCUUGUAUUUCCCGAAAUGUCGAAAUAUUCUUCAAUUUGUGACUUUACAUGUGUGCCACUACACGUUCUAUUAGUUCUCAUGGACUACCUGAAUGCGCCAUUUCUCUUACUCUAUUUGCACAUAAAAAUUAAGCUAAAGUAUAUGUAGUGUAAUGCAUAUAACUACAAGACCGGAUGGCAGUAAAGCAGUCCAAGCCUUUGGUAGUAAGACUAAUAUAUAGUACGGUGUUUGUUUAUCCCGGCCUAGAUUUAACCAGUGGUAUUAUUAUUAAGUGUCCUUAAUCUCUGAAAACUACUUCUGCCAUGCUGGCACAGUACUAAAGUACUGGUGGUCCUGAUAAUAUUGAUAUUAAGUUGCACAAAGUAGCUUUAACUUAACGCGGCCCUCAUUAGUAUGGGACACCAUGAAUAAUCCAUUUUCUGGCUGCUUUUGUUUUUUUGAAAUGUUAAGCUUAAGAACAUGUAGCAGGAAACUUUGCUGAUGACAAUGGAAAGGGGGUUUUGGGGGCAGUUAAACACGUUUUAAUGAGUUUUCUGUUUUGUUGUGGAAAUGUUUUAUUCCAAUAACAACGCACUUCCCUUUCAUUGACUCCAAACUUUCAUUUCCAUAUGGACCAUGAUUGAAAACUGCCUUGAAAACAAUAUUGUUUGCCUUGUAGUCAUCUUAAUUUUAUUAGCAGACUUGCUCUAUCUGGCUUCCCAUUCAGUUCCUUUAUCACAAGUAAUUACUUCAGCUUCACUUUUUUAUUUUAUAUAUCAUCCACAUGCAGCACAUUGCCUUCAGUACUUGCUUGAAAAAUGUAAUCUAGGUUGGUGUGUAAUAUGAUGCGUCUUCCACAUAAAUAUGGAAGGGGUUCAGCUGUCCUAUAGCCGUUUAGUCUGAAGGAGUGUAAUCCAUCAAACGAACUACCCGUAGAACCUUGUUGUGCUGCUGUAGGGAAACAAAAGUACGUUAGCUUUGAUUUCAGGGAGGAUAAACUGAGGAAAACCUUUUCAAUGAAGCAGAUUUAUUGCAGUUAUGUAUAUACGUAGACGCAUAGACAAGGCUUCUCAUAGUGAUUGCAUAAUCUUAACGACUAGCUGUAGAUAAACAGUGGGUAAUGACAAAAAAGUCACUUUAUGAAGAAUAUCAUUGUGUACAAAUAUAGGUAUAUUUAUGAAAUAUGUUCAUAUUUAGGAUCAUAGACUGAUUGAUCAAAGGUCACAUGUAGACUUAUUUCCUGCUUUUUUUUCAUUGGGUUGCCAUUUCUUUCUUUUCUCUCUGUCCUGAUGUGGGCUUGAAAAAAACGCAUUUUGUUUUCCCACAUAUCAAGGUGGUUGGAAAAUGGCGUGUACUCCUGCAGUAACUUGAGAAUAAAAUAAUUUUUAUCAAAGCCAAACUAUAUGUACUCUUACAGAAGCUGGAGAAUAAAACACAUUUUAUCAAAGCAAGUGCUUUUUUCCCCAAAUAUUCCUUUAAAAAAAACGAAUGAACAGAUUAGUUUUACACAUCAGUGUAGUUGGGUGGGUGUAAGUAGACUAAACACAACUCACUCGGCUUAACUAAACAAAAAAAAAUGUAUUAAACUGACUUCUUCCUUUUUUCCCCUCUUCAAUCUUGCAAAUGUGAAUUUGAUCAGAUAAUUCUAAUUUUUAUAAAAAAGAUAUUGUGUAAAUCGAUGUAUAAUAUACAGAAAAUGUACCGAUGUAAUAAAACAAAACGAUGGAACUGAGCAGAUGUUUUUUGUAAUGUUGAAAACAGUCGAUUGUAAUUAUCUUUGAACAAACAUUUUGUUAAUGUUCAACUUUCACAUCAUCUUCGCUUCAGUAGAAUGCAUUUUAUUAACUGUCACAAAUUAGGGGAAUUAGUUUGGGGGCAGAUUUAUAAUAAUAUACUCAUUACCUCAUAUUUUUGACAUUAGGAGGUCCAUUACCUAUUCAGCAGUACCUUUUCUGAAAAUAUUGCAUACACUAUAACUAAUAUAAAAUAUAUAUAUAUAUAAAAUGACUCAUCUCAAGCCAAAGAGCCACGUUUAUUAGAUGCAGUUAUAUGUACACUGUAACAAUUACAUAGUAUUAAAAUGACUUGUUUGUAGUCUGAAUAACUAUUUCCAUUAAAGCAAGUAAAACCAU